GAUAAUUUCUAACCUCAUUGCUGAACUAUUUCCACACUUAUAGAUUACAAAACUAAUUUAAAUACGUUAGUGUGGGAAAGGGUGUAUAAGGUACAUAAAUAUAGUUAUUUAAUGAAAUUUACAGGAAUAAUCGAUAAUUAUAAUUGGAAACUACGCGAAUAUUUUAAUUGAAGUUUUGAUUUGCCUUGAAUUACAAAUUUCUAUAAUAAUAAAUCUUACGAUUUCACAAAAAAGCAUAUCAAUUAAAAGUCAGUCGUAAGAUCUUUUAUUAAAUACAUACAUUCCAGCUUGUAAAAAAAACUUGUGUAUCUUAUUACGAGAAAAUAAUUGCGAAAUGUAUCAGUUACGUCAAGCCGGCAAGUUUUGUGAGCAGUAGCUUGUGUGCUUGAAAUAGUGCGAUAAUCAUAUAAAUGAUAUCGUAUUGACCCUUUCGUCAUUCGUUGCUGAGCAGAGAUCCAGGGGGUCUCUUCAAAUUGUCUUACUAGUUUGCGAGGCAUUACGUGAGAUCAGUCGUCGAGUGGAAGACACCUGUUGCUCUAUUCCAAUUGUAAAUUUAUUUUUCAAUAUGGUCAUUUUGAAAUUCUACAAGAAUCCGGGCUUUAAGUCUAGUCAAUUAAAGAAUAAACUAGAAAAUUUAAUGAAAAUAUCAAAUACAAUAACCAACAUUGAAGCUGAAUUGUGUUACUAUAUUGAAUCUUCAAGUUCUUUGAAUAAAGAGCAAAUAAAAAUAUUGAAAUGGAUCUUAUGUUCUCCAUUUGAAUCCAAUCAACUUGCAGAUUCCACUGCAUACAGAGAAAAUAAACUUGUAAUUGAAAUUGGUCCAAGACUGAACUUUUCUACUGCCUUUUCGAGUAAUGCUGUUUCAAUUUGCAAAGCUGUUCAGUUGGAAAAUGUUAGUAGAAUUGAAGUUUCUACAAGGUAUAUGAUAAAAUCCAGUAAGGCUAUAGACAAAAAGAUUGAAAAUGAGAUUGUUGAUGCUCUCCAUGAUAAAAUGACAGAAUGUAGAUAUUUAAAGCCAAUAGAAACUUUUGACCAUGGCUUCAGACCUGAGGAAUGGUUUGAAGUUGACAUAUUGAAAAAAGGAAGGAAAGCUUUAGAAGAUGUUAAUGUCAAAUUAGGUUUGGCAUUUGAUGAUUGGGACUUGGACUUUUACACAAAUUUAUUUCAAAAUAAGCUCAAAAGAAAUCCAACAAGUGUUGAAUGUUUUGACUUGGCUCAAUCAAACAGUGAGCACAGUAGACAUUGGUUUUUCAAAGGCAAAAUAGUGAUUGAUGGAGAAGAGAAAGAAAAAUCACUAAUUGAUAUGAUCAUAGAUACACAAAAUACUUCCAAUCCUAAUAAUGUGAUUAAAUUUAGUGACAAUAGUAGUGCCAUCAAAGGAUUUGAAGCUAAAACUCUACGUCCUAAUAGAACAGAUGUGUCUAGCUCGUUCAAAAUUGAUGAUACCAAACAGCAUCUCAUUUUCACUGCUGAAACGCACAAUUUCCCAACUGGUGUUGCUCCAUUCAGCGGCGCAACAACUGGAACUGGAGGUCGUCUUCGUGAUGUUCAAGGUGUUGGUCGUGGUGGUUAUUACAUUGCUGGAACAGCUGGUUAUUCGGUGGGAAAUUUACAGAUUCCAGGAUACAAACUGCCAUGGGAAGACGAACACAAGAAUUUCGAAUACCCAAGUAACAUGGCACCACCACUUGAAGUUUUAAUCGAAGCUAGUAAUGGUGCGUCCGACUAUGGUAACAAAUUCGGAGAACCAGUAGUUUCGGGCUUCGCACGUUCUUUCGGAAUGCCGGACGCCGUUGGUGAGCGACGUGAAUGGAUUAAACCAAUCAUGUUUAGUGGUGGAAUUGGCUCAAUGGAAGCUAAUAUGACUGAAAAGUUGCCACCAGAACCAGGAAUGCAAGUCGUUAAAAUUGGCGGACCUGUUUACAGAAUUGGUGUUGGUGGAGGUGCUGCGAGCUCCGUCGAAGUCCAGGGAGACAACGAAUCCGAAUUAGAUUUCGGAGCAGUGCAGAGAGGCGACGCCGAGAUGGAGCAAAAGCUCAACAGAGUCGUCCGAGCUUGCAUGGAAAUGGGAGAUAAAAACCCAAUACUCAGCAUUCACGACCAAGGAGCCGGAGGAAAUGGUAACGUACUUAAGGAAUUGGUCGAGCCAGCUGGCGCUGUAAUAUUCUCCAAAAAGUUCGAGCUCGGCGAUCCCAGUCUCAGCACCAUGGAAUUGUGGGGCGCUGAGUAUCAAGAAAACGACGCGAUUCUUUGCAAACAAGAAGAUAGUACUUUGUUGGAAAAAAUUGCAGCUCGCGAGAGAUGUCCAAUAAAUUUUGUCGGUACCGUCACUGGCAAUGGAAAAAUUAUCCUUUCAGAGGAAGACGAUUUUGAUAUAUCCAAAUACAUGAAUAAAAAUUACGCAGCCAAGCGUCGACACCCUGUCGAUCUAGAAUUGGAGUUGGUACUUGGAAAAAUGCCACGAAAGACAUUUAAAUUGGACAGAGCAAAGGUCAAUUUAAAAUCAAUUCAGCUGCCAAAUAUCCCUACUGUUGAAGAGGCAUUAAACCGAGUUUUAAGAUUGCCGUCCGUAGCAAGCAAGCGAUACUUAACAAGCAAAGUGGAUCGCUGCGUUACAGGUCUAAUAGCGCAACAACAGUGCGUGGGUCCACUUCAUACGCCACUGGCCGACGUUGCUGUUGUUGGGCUAACACACUUCUCAAUUGUGGGCAUAGCAAGCUCCAUUGGAGAACAACCAAUAAAAGGACUUGUAAACGCAGCCGCUGGGGCUCGAAUGACUGUCGCAGAGGCACUGUCGAAUCUUGUAUUCGCUCGCAUCUCUGAACUUGAGGAUGUAAAGUGUAGCGGAAACUGGAUGUGGGCUGCAAAAUUGCCGGGCGAAGGAGCUGCUCUUUAUGAUGCUUGUGUCGCUAUGUGUAACGUCAUGAAAGAAUUUGGUGUUGCUAUCGACGGAGGUAAGGACUCGCUUAGUAUGGCUGCUAGAGUUGGCAAAGGUAAGGUUGUUAAGGCACCGGGAACUCUAGUUGUCUCAUGCUAUGCCCCUUGUCCCGAUAUCCGUCAAGUCGUUACGCCAGAUCUUAAAGCACCUUCUCUCAGAGAAGAAGGCACUUUAAUUUUUGUGGAUUUAUCAUCUGGUAAGAGCCGUCUCGGGGGCACGGCUUUCGCUCAAGUUUACAAUCAACUUGGAGACAUUGCAGCCGACGUGGAAAACGCUUCUAUCUUUAAGAAUGCCUUCAAGGCAACGCAGAUUUUGAUCAAGGACGGUAAAAUAUUGGCUGGACACGACGUUAGCGAUGGUGGACUCAUCACUUGCAUUUUGGAAAUGAGCUUUGGUGGUAUUUCUGGUUUGAACAUCGACAUUAAUCAUAAAUCCGGAAAUCCUAUCGAAAUCUUGUUUGCUGAAGAAGUGGGUUGGGUCUUGGAAGUGCGCAAUAAGGAUGCCAAAGAUGUUUUGAAAGUGUUCGAAAAAUUCCAAGCACCUGCAUAUGUCAUCGGCAAAUCUGUUGGAUUUGGAGUAAAUUCGAAGAUUGAUGUGUCGGUAGAAAAAAAAUCUGUACUGAUUUCGACAGUAAUAACAUUAAUGAACGUUUGGGAAGAAACAAGUUAUCAACUGGAUCUUCGCCAGACCAAUGCUGACUGUGCAAGACAAGAGUAUAAAAACUUCCACAAGAAAACGAGUCCGGCAUAUAAGCUCACCUUUGAUCCUAACGUGCCACUUUCAACUAAACCAAAUCUUACUAUACCAGUAGCUGUAAUUCGAGAAGAAGGAAUAAACGGUGAUCGAGAAAUGGCGGCAUCUCUCGUCGAAGCUGGUUUCCAAGUUUGGGACGUUACGAUGCAAGAUCUUUUGAGCAAUCAAGUCACACUCGACAAGUUCAGGGGAAUUAUUUUCCCUGGCGGCUUUAGCUAUGCAGAUGUACUUGGAUCAGCUAAAGGCUGGGCUGCUAGUCUCCUCUUUCAUCCUUCUUUGAGAAAGCAAUUACAAAAUUUCAUUAGUCGCCUAGAUACUUUUAGUUUGGGAGUUUGCAACGGCUGUCAACUUAUGAGUUUACUUGGCUGGAUUGGUAACUCACAUGAUGGAAGUCCAGAUGUAGUGUUGGAUCACAACGAAUCUGAGCGUUUCGAGUGCAGAUGGAGCACUGUCAAGAUUGAAAAAUCACCAGCAAUUAUGCUUCAAGGAAUGGAGGGUAGUAUUUUUGGCGUGUGGAUUGCUCACGGAGAAGGAAAGUUUACAUUCCGCAAUAAAGACGUUCUUGCUAAAUUAAAACAACAAAAUUGCCUUGCAAUCAAGUAUGUCGAUGAUCACGGAGUUCCUACCGAAAAAUACCCGGAAAAUCCAAACGGAAGCGUUGAGGGAAUUGCCGGCAUCUGUUCAGCAGACGGGCGUCAUUUGGCUAUGAUGCCUCACCCAGAGAGGUGUACACGAACUUGGCAAUUACCAUGGGUACCUACUGAUUGGAAGUCUAAAAAUUCACCAUGGCAGAGAAUUUUCCAAAAUGCUUAUGCAUGGUGUUCAUCGUCCGCUUAAAUCUCAUAAUGUCAAAUAAUUAUUGUAUUUAUAUUUUGACACGAUCUAAUUAAAAAAUAAUGUAUUUUUAUAUUUACAGUUACUCACUUUUAUAUUAAAUCAUGUUGAAUUUUUUCUAUUUCUAUCAGUUUGCAUUCAUACCAAAGGUAUUUUCCUUGUAAAAAAAAUUAAUAUUUUUGAUAUUGUACAUAGAA